AUGGAAAAUAAUUUCAUGAAUGAAAGUAUUAAUAAAAAUAAUCAUUCAUCAAUAAAAAAUUGCACCUUGAAGAUGAGAACGGAACCAGAGAACCUUUCUACCAAUGAGGUGAACUCAUCAAAUCAGUCAAGUGAAAAUACUGAGAAUCACAGUGAGGAAAUGAAUCUUACUCAAAAUAGCUCUCCAAGCACUGACGAUACAAAGCCUAAGAUGAAGAGGAAACGUAAUAGAAUCCCGUUGAGUUGCACAAUCUGUAGGAAAAGAAAGGUAAAAUGUGAUAAAACAAGGCCCCAUUGUGACCCAUGCUCUAAAACAGGUGUUGCUCAUUUAUGUCAUUACAUGGAGCAAACAUGGGCAGAAGAAGCUGAAAAAGAGUUAUCAAAAGAGAAUGAAUUACAGCAAUUAAAGGAAAGGGUAAAAUCCUUAGAAAAAACAAUAGUCAAGUUACGAAACCAACAUGAAAUGAUUAAUGACAACAUGGAUAAUGACAAUAUAAAAGAUAAAGAGAUAACAGUAAAAAGAGAAAGCUUACAUAUCCCUUCCAUCGCAAUGACCGAUGGUAAAAUGAAUAAAGUAACAUUUAAGAAUGAUGCUUUGCUUUUUAAAACAAGUGAGAGCGUUUCAAAGGGACAACUUUCUCUAUCAGCUACAAACAGUAACAGUAAAUAUGCCAACGAUGAAUUGGAUUUAACUAGAAACUUUGAUAUGUUACAUAUUAAGAGCACGGGAACUGUUCAUUUAGGUGCAACCCAUUGGUUAGCCAUUAUGAAGGGUGAUCCUUAUCUUAAAUUAUUGUGGGGACAUAUUUUUUCAAUGAGAGAAAAAUUAAAUGAAUGGUACCUGAAGAAAAAUUCAGCAAUGAUCAAAAAUAAUAACAAUUUGAAAAGUUUACAACCUUUAGGAAGAUGCCCUGUAAUAAAUAGUGAGCAAAAAAAGUUGUCUCUAGAAGAUUCAUCCCCUAACACUAAUUGUAAUACCGAAAUAAAUGCUAGCUCUAAUUUGAACAGAACGAAGAUAUUAGAUAUAACUUCCACUUCGAAAAAUAGAAGUUUGAAUUCGACAAAAGCUCCUAACAAAUGCCCAAUAGAUCAUACAAAAUACCAAGAGUUAGCCAUUACUAGUAAAGUAAACAAUCAACCUAUAACUUCAGCUUCUAUACAAAAAAGUGAGGAAGAAAAAAUUCCAAUAAUACAAAUGACUUCGCCAAAAAUUAUCAAAAACAUUCCACUAGAAUCCACUAAUCCACUACCUUCUUUUCAUUCACUGGCCUCAAAAUUCCCAAUUGUACACGAUGCAAAUAAUAACAUCAAUUCAUCUGAAGUUGGUAAAAAGAAAAGAAAAUUGAACAUUAGUGAUGACGCUAGUUUGAAUGAUAGUUCAAUUCACAUGCUUUCAAAAGAUCUAACAAUAAAAAAGGUCUGUGAUCUAUUACCUCCAAUUGACAUUAUAGAAUUAUACCUAAAUUAUUUCUUUAAUCAUAUUUAUCCUUUUAUCCCAAUUUUAGAUGAAUCAACUUUUAGAGAUAAUACCAAAAUUAUUCUUGGAGUAUGCCCGGUAAACAAUGAGAAGGAUACUAUUACAAAUAAAAUAUCUAGAGUGACAAAAUUAAAGAUUACAAAACAGGCAGAUUAUUGCAUCCUUGGUAUUUUAUUGAUUAUCCUAAGAAUAACUUGGCUAUCACUACCAUCAAAUUCAAGUAAGAUUAAUUUGGGAGACAAUGAUAAAGUUACAACUGCUUCAAAAAAGGCCUCUACAGGGACUAAUAGUCAAGAAAAAGACGAAUGUUUAUUGAUGAAGCAUGAAAUUAAAAAGGAAGCGAUAAAUCUGGUGGGAAAACGUCUGAUUAGAUUUGAUGAGUUAUCGAGUAUAUCUAAUAAUAAUGUUAGCCUAGUUACUAUUCAAUUUGCCAUAUUUUUAAAGCUAUAUUUGAUGUGUUGUCCCAACGAAGCAAAUGAUUUAUCAAUUUCCCCUAUUUCAAAUACAGGAAAUAGCCAAGACAAUGAAUCACAUCAGGUUUUAUUAUCAAGCAUCAUUCAAAUGUGCUUAAGCUGUGGACUACAUAGAGAUCCUGAUAACUUUCCUCAAUUGAAUUCAGUGACAUCAAAUGAUUCAACCUUAUCGACUUUUUCUACUGAUCCAACCUCUUUAUCUAAUAAUCAACAGUCUCAAACAGAAAGAUUCAAACAUACGUGGAGAAAGACCUGGUAUUACGUGGUUUCUCUGGACGUUGAUCAAUCCCUCUCCUUGGGUAUUCCAAGAUUAUUAAGAAAUCUGAAUGACUUUAGUGAUACAAAGUUACCAUCUGCUUCCAAAUUAGAUUAUGUGAGCGAUAUCAAGGAGUUAGUUAUUGUCAAGAAUUAUACUUUAUUUUUUCAGAUAGAUUUGGUGAUAAUUAGUGUAUUGAAUCAUAUCUUGAAUAUAUCGAUUGCAAAGAAAGUAAAAAAACAUCAAUUAGAUAGCCUGAUUAUGUCACUAAAAGAGUUAACUGAAGGUUCUAAAAGUAUAUUUGCAGUUAUAUCUAAUUUACAUGACGAGAAUUUGCUAAAUAAAAGCGAGGGAGUUAUUGAUAACAUGAAUAUUGAUAAAAAUUAUGGGCUAUCAACAAUGGAUGAAUUAAUAUACAAUAACGGUAUUAAAUCUACUAAAUAUGAUAGUGACAAAUAUCUAGAGAAUGGUCAUAUCACUGCUACAAAAGCAUUAUUCUUUUCUAAACAUAUGCUGAUAAGAAUGUUGUUGUAUAUCGUAUCGUAUAUUUUAUUCACGUAUUACGAGCCUCUCGGUAACGAAAACCCUGAAACCACCAUUAUCGCCAAAGAAUAUGCCCAAAAGACAUUAAAUUAUGCAAUGGAUGGUUAUAAAAAUUGUUUAUUGUUUUUUGAAAAAACUGGUUCUUCUGGAUGUUGCAACUCAAUUUUUAACUUUAUGGGUGUAGUAUUAGCCCCUCGUUGUUUAGAUAUUGGGAAUCGUGCUAUUCAGUUUAUGAUCUGCUUAAUAAUGCGUUCAAAAUGUGGGCCAUUAUCAGGUAUGGGUGAGAGUACAGUACUUUCAACUUCCGGAACUAACAGCAAUGAUGAUGAUACUCAGAAUAAAGUCAAAGAAUUUAAGCGAACUUCUCUAUCUGUAGCUAAAUCUUUUCCAAAUGCCGAACUAGACAUUAAUGGAAAUUUAACAGAUAUUCUCACUUCCAAAAUGAUUGUUUUUCACAAACUUGCUAGUCAACUUUCCUCUAAAUACCCAUAUGCCAACAGAAAUGUAAAAUCAACUGCUUUCUUCCUGUCAUUGCUGGCACCAGAAACAUUGAAGAACGAGAUUAGUAAGACUUCAAGAGAUAUUUCAAAAAUUUCUGGAAUUCUAAAAAAUGUUCCUUCUUUACUUCUAUCGGGGGAUAAAGAUAGCUUACAGAGAUGCCCUGUAUAUCAAGACGCAUUAGGAUUUGUAGAUAAUAAACCUGGAAAGGUUUCAAGUUUAUUAAAUCCAUCCCAGACCAUUCAAAAAUCAUAUAGCGCAGGGAGAUAUGAACUUCCACCAUUAAAAUCAUAUAUGCCUGUAACAUACAGUAAUGAGAGUUCCCCGCAAUCAACAUUGGACCCUGAAAUCAAAAGAAGAAAAAUUGAUGCAGAAGCUACCGAAUUUAUUACAAAUUCUAUAAAUAAUAUUUCGCUCCCCGUUUUACCUUCAUAUCAGCCUAAUAGUAAUUCUUCGAUUGGAUAUCAAAAUGCUAAUAGGAAUACUGAUACAGUAAACCAAUCAAUGACAAUGGAUUCUAAUCCACAAAUUAAUGGAUUUAAUAGCGGCAUAGAAUUUUUGGAUAAUAUGGAUCAAGCAACGAGUUCCUCAGUUAACAUGGAAAAUAAUCCGCCAAACCAAAAUACUGUAACACAAUUUGCACCAGAUUUUGAAGAGUUUAUAGCUGAAAAUUCCAACUUUAAUGGAAUGGUUCUCAACCCAAAUAGUUUAGUUGAAGUAUUUGGAAUGAAUUUAGAAGAUCCUGCAAUUCCUGGUAAUUUAGGCUCGACUGACUUUUUACCCAUUGAUAAUAUAGGUUUUGAAGGAAUUGCCGACUUAGACAAUUCAGACUUUUGGUCAAACGCUGAUAGAAAUACUAUGAGUUAUUUGUAA